CUCUCUCUGUCUCUCUCUCUCCUUUUCCCUUCCUCGCCACUAGCUAACGCGUGAGCGAAGCAGAGAAACAGAUACCGAGCCACAAUUCCAUCGAUUUGUGAGGAAACAUUCGAUUUUCGUGGAAAUUUGCGUGUAAUUCUUUCUGGGUUGUGUUUGUUCUUUACUGGGUAGUUAGUACUUCUCUCGGAAGAGCAAAGAUGGCUGCGAUUCAGAAACGAGAGCUCGAAGAAGAUGAGGCCAGAAGAAGUCUUGAUCUCAGAAUCAAGGGUGGGCAAGAAGCGGAACUGAGUAGCCGCCACAGCAAAGAGGGACCCGCCAUAACCACCGAAUCCAUACCGUCCCCACCGGUGGAGGCGGCGGCGAAUUUUGCGCCGAAAGAAGAGCCGGACACGGAGGAAAUGUCACGUGCGAUGGUGGCGGUGCACGUGCCGGCGGGGAUUCCGAUGCGGAUGGACAGAAAGGCGGUUGCGCUGCCGAAGAGAACGUCGACGAAGGACCGUCACACGAAAGUGGAGGGUCGCGGGCGGAGGAUCCGAAUGCCCGCCACCUGCGCGGCCCGGAUCUUCCAGCUGACCCGGGAACUGGGCCACAAGUCCGACGGGGAGACCAUCCGGUGGCUCCUCGAACACGCCGAGCCAGCCAUCAUCGCCGCCACCGGCACCGGAACCGUCCCCGCCAUCGCCAUGUCCGUCAAUGGGACCCUCAAAAUCCCCACCACCUCCGCUCCCGACAGCGACACACCCGUUAAGAAGAAACGCAAACGACCAGCCAACAGCGAGUACAUAGACAUAAACGACGGCGUUUCGGUCUCCGCGGGGCUCGCCCCAAUAACCACCGCCACCACCACGACGCAACAACAAGCAGCACAGGCAGUAGUACCUCAAGGGCUGGUACCCGUGUGGGCUAUAUCCUCGAACGCCGUCGUUCCCGGCACGUUCAUCAUGGUCCCGCCGACGAUGGCCUCCAUUGCCGGACCUUCGACCCCACCUCACAUAUUCACAUUCCCAGCUUCCACCACGCCUCUGAUAAACAUUUCAGCGAGACCCAUAUCGUCGUUCGUGUCGUCCAUGGCGAACAUAGCGACACCUGUUCAAAUCCAACCCAGCUGCUCCGCGGCUUCCUCCUCAAGCGCCGCUGCUACUAUUACAACUAGCACUAGUGCUGCUACCACCACUCAGAUGCUGAGGGACUUUUCGCUUGAGAUUUACGACAAACAGGAGCUCCAGUUAAUGUCUCGCUCUUCGAAGCAGUGAAAACAGAAGCGCUUUCUGGAUAGUUUUCCGGGGCGUUCAUGGAGUCGCACGUGCGCGCGUGAGGCGUGGGGACCAGGUGUGCCGGUGGGGUCAAACAAAGACUCGGCAAAAGCAAAGAGAAAAAGAGGUGGUUGCUGCUCCGUGGACCGUGCGAUGGGGCCACCUCAUGUAUUUUAGUCAUGUGAUGGUGGGCGCGGGCCCCAAUGCCACCUUUCCCAAUGCGGCCUUCGGUCCCUACCGCUGGGUUUGCUGGGUCGAUGGAGAUGGCCACGUGUCCGUGGAACAUAGAGCUCCUUUUUUUCUUCUUUUUUUUUUCCUCUGGAUCACGUGGGGUCUUUUAUGGUGGGGGUCCAACUGAUUGGCCUGCAAGAGAGAAAGAGAAGGAAUCAAAUGCGCCUGAUCUCAAGGGUUAAGAUGGGUUCUGGUUUUGCAUUUUUGUAUAUGUUUUUUUUUAACGGUUUAGAUUUAAUUUUAAAUUUUUAGAGAAAAGAGUAAAAUUAGAUCCGGAGCGUUGUUACUUCUUAGGCUUUGGGAUACUUUUU